AGACAGAGAGAGAGAGAGGAGGAAGCAGGCUCUCCGCGGAGCGGACAGCCCGAUGCGGGGCUCGAUCCCAGGACCCUGGGACCACGACCCGAGCCAAAGGCAGAGGCUUUAACCCACUGAGCCACCCAGGCGCCCCUAGUAUGAUAUCCUUUUAAUUAAUGAAGUUAUAUAACAACAAAUUUAAUAAUGUGGAUAGUUUCUGGUUGUUAUCUGUCCCUUUCAGAAUUUUCUUGCCUGAUUUCAUACUUUUGGGCUUCCUGUGGAUUUCUGAAUCAGUUUUUAAAAAAUCUUGUUGAAAUCUUUAUUGGUGCUAUGUAAAAUUUGUAGAUUUAUUUAGGAGAAUUAAAAUCUUCAUACUGACUCUUCCUUUGCAGUGAUAUGUCUCCCCGGGGACACCCUGAUGGCUGGUUGGUUAAGUGUACAUCUCUUGAUUUGGCUCAGGUCAUGAUCUCAGGGAUGUUAGAUCAAGCCCCAUGUUGGGCUGGGCGUGGAGCCUCCUUAAGAGUCUCCCUCUGCCCCUGCCCCUCCACCCCUCUACGCCUCCACUGCUUGCUCUAAGUUUUUAAUACUUGUUUAUUUAUUUGGAAGGGAGAGAGAGAGUGUGCACACACGUGUGCACAGGUGAAUGUGGGGGAGGCAGAGAGGGAGACCUGCAUGGCCCUGCAUUUGUAUAUGUAAUAUCAGUGUGUUAUAAGCAAGCUUUUUCUAAGGUUAAAAAGAGAGAGAGAGAUCCAGGAAUACAUGGUGGAUUUUAUCAAAUGCCUUGUUGGAAUUUAUUGACACAAUAAUAUGUUUUGAAUCUUUUGACCAGUAAAUACGGUGAAUUACACCAACACAUCUCAUGAUAGUGAAAACAGUGAAUGAUUUCUGUAUUUCUGGGAUGGAUUUCCCGUUUGUUCAUGGUGUUUUAUUCCUUUCAUGGACCUCAUCAAGGGCUUUUCUCUCUUUUCUUCAGUGGGAACGAGUUGUAGUUUUUUUGUUUGGGUGGUGGAUUGGUUGAUUAUAAAUGCCAUCCUUCUCAGAGUUUGGGAUCACUGUUAUGGUAACAGGUUUUUAAGUACCGGACGUUUUCUGGCUUUACGUUUAUAGAUCAGAUCGAGUAGCAUCAGAACAAACUGUUCCUUGCAGUUGAAAACGACUCACCCAUUUGAGUUAUUACUGCUUGUCCUUCUCUGCAGGCUCUUGGACAACUUUCUCGAUUUCUUCACAGUUUGUUUGCAGAAAUAUUUAGGUUUUUAACAGUCUCUUCCUGGGGGCGCCUGGGUGGCUCUGUGGGUUAAGCCUCUGCCUUCAGCUCUGGUCAUGAUCUCAGGGUCCUGGGAUGGAGCCCCCUGUAUUAAAUGUGAUGCCCACGCCCCUUGCCGGGUGAGUCGGCAGUGCCCCCAUGAGAGCGGACAGAGUUUCCUGCCCUGUUGCGUUGAUGCUGGAAUGGUUAGCAAGUGUGUGUGGGAAGACGCUUGAAAUGCAUUUGUGCGGUUUGCCUUGACCUUUGCCACUAGAGCAGCUUGCCACGAGAGAUGUGCAGAGCAGACUUGCAUGCGUCUCCGCCAGCCACGCUAACAAACCACCCCGGACCUGGUGCCGGAAACAACACGAAUUUAUUUCUGGAGGCUGGACGUGCAAGACCCAGGUGCCGGCAAGGUUGGAUCUUCCGGCCAGUUCAGUCCCUCCGCUGGGCUUGCAGGUGGCUGCCCCGGGCUCAUGCUCACCUGGUCUUCCCUCUGCUCCCGGUAGCCCUGGCCCACAUCUCCUCUCACCGUUAAGGGCACAGUCAGGCCACCCUCACCGCCUCGUUUUGCCUUCAUUGCCUCUGGAAAGGCCCUGCCUCUCAGAACAAUCACAGGCUGAGGUCCUAGGGACGAGGACCUCAACACCGCGGUUGGUGGGGGGCACAACUCAGCGCAUAACCAGACCUAAAGGCCAGACCAGCCAAACCCAGGAGGCAGCAGGCCAUGAGCAGACAUUUACUCUGAGGUUGGGGUUGUCAGAUAAGAAGCCUGCCCCCAAGGUUGACUAAUAUAAUUGUGUCUUGUAGUCACUCUUUUUUUAUGGAGGUGAAAUUCACAUCACACAAUGAGACUCUUUAAAGUGUAUCUUCCGGGGCGGCUGGUGGCCCUGUCUGUUGGUGUGGCGCUCUUGAUUUUGGCUCCGGUCAUGACCCUGGGGUCCUGGGAUUGAGCCCCGCAUCGGGCUCCCUGCUUGGUGGGGAGUCUGCUUCCCCCUCUCCCUCUGCCACUCCCCCUGCUCAUGCUCUCUCUCAAAUUAAUAAAUCUUACAAAAACUCAUGGAGCCCGUCUCCAGCGACGUUUAGUGCUCGCAGCACUGUUUCUUCAGUUCCCGGCGGGCAGUGUCGGAGAGCCUUCUCCCUGAGGAAUAUGCAUCCCUCAGUUCUUUCACCGACGGGAAAACAUCUUCAUGGAAGUGAAAAUCGCAUCGUGGUGGGAGCUAAAAGUCAAAGCCUGUGACCCUGGGAAGCAGAGCAUGAAGGGGAAGGAACUCGCGGCUUGGCUGGCCUGCCCUUCUUCACAGGCUCGACCCUACACUCGCUGCGGCCCCGGAAUGCCUGGAGUUGUGUGUCUGUACCUACGGAGAGCUCAGCACCUGCCGGCCCAGCUCUUGGGUCUGGCAACUCGGUGGCAGAACAACACAAAACAAAACAAAAAAUCAGGUCAAAAAAACCACAAAAAAGCAAAAAGCCCCGACUCCCUGCCUUCGUGGGGCAUGCAUUCUAGAGGGAAAUCAGACCAACAGCGCAUUCAGUGGUGUAAAUGGGCUACGAAGAACGAACACGGAGGACUGGUGGCAUUUCCGAAAUUUUACACAGGGUGGAAGAAAGGCCUCAUGGAGAUGGCGGCUUUCUGUGGGGGUGAUGCCCCAGGGGGGCAAGCUGAAGCCAGUUGUGUCCCCUCUGGGUCAUGGCCAGGCCUGCCGCAGGCAGGAAGUGGGAAAGGAGAAGAGCUGGGGAGGGCUUCGCAUGUUCUCAUGCCCCUGCUGGGAAGGGGGAUUGGGGGCCGUGGAGUCACACGGGCUGGGGGCUGGGGCAGGAAUAGCCCUGCGCCCACUGCAGAACCCCGGUGCAGGCUACAGACAAACAGAGGUCACCCCAGUGUCCUGCACUGCAACCCCAAAGAGCCAGUGAGGUCACCCCUGGGGGUGUCAGCCCAGCCGGGGCACAGGGGUGUGGAGAGGUGUGCAGGGGAGGGGCAGCCAGCAGCAAGGCAGGGACAGCACUCUGAAAGCUCCUGGAGGACCGAUAUCUGCCUGGUUUGCUUCCCAGCCGCUGCUGAUGCCUCCCCUCCACGUGAGAAUGUGCAAGAAUUUAAAACUUCUUCUUUGGAAGAAUUUCACCUUGAAGAAGCGGAAGCCCCUGGUCGCAGUGCUCGAGGCCCUCACGCCGCUGUUGUUCUCUGCGAUCGCCAUGUACCUUCGCGUCCACAGUGUGCCCAGGAAAUGGCCUCCUUUGAACCACCCCGCCGUCAACAUCAGUUUGCUGCCAGCGUUCUUCUACUUCCCCAUGCAGGCUAAAUACCAGCUCGCGUACAUCCCGUCCCAGAGCGACGCCCUGAGGGCUGUCACGGAGAUGGUGCAGGACGCCUUCGAUGUUGAGUUUGAAGUUCUAGGCUAUUCUUCAGUGCCCGUCUUUGAGAAUUACAUAAUCCAGGAUCCCAAAGGCUUCUAUGUGUGGGCUGGAAUUGUCUUGGAUCACAGCUUCAGGGACAGCAAGCAGCCCCUGCCAUUGAAGAUCAAGUACCGCCUGCGCCUGAGCAGCAUGCACAGGAGCCCCUUGGCCUUGAAGGUCGCCGCCGACCAUGAGCGCCUGGAGGGCUGGUGCACAGGCCUGCGCUACCCUCUGAACCCUAGCCAAGUGCCCCGGGCCUUCGGACAUUUCGACGGGGGCCUCCCUGGAUACAGCAAGGAAGGCUUCCUGACCCUACAGCAUGCGCUGGACAAGGCCAUCAUGCGGCACCACGCCCACAAUGCCACCGCCCAGAUGUUCCAGGAUCUCACAGUGCUGGUGAAGCAGUUCCCGCACGGAGCCCACAUCCAGGACACGUUCUUGCUGGUCCUGCAGAGCGAGUUCCCUCUCCUGCUCACGCUCAGCUUCCUCUGCCUCGAGCUCAUCAUCAUCAAUUCCGUGGCCCGGGAGAAGGAGAAGAGGCUGAAGGAGUACAUGUGCAUGAUGGGGGCGAGCAGCCGGCAGCACUGGGCCGCCUGGUUCCUCACAUUCUUCAUCUCUGCCCUUAUCGCCGUCUCUCUCAUGACCGUCCUCUUCUGCACGCAGGUGAACGGUGUGACGGUGUUCAGAAACAGCGACCCUAGUUUGAUAUUCGUUUUUCUACUAUGCUUUGCUACGGCCACCAUUUUCUUUGCAUUCAUGAUCAGCACAUUCUUUCAAAAAGCCCACGUCGCAGCUGCCGCGGGGGGCAUCAGCUUCUUCUUCACGUACCUCCCGUACCUGUACUUCACGUUCAGCUACCCCCAGAGGACGCACUUCCAAAAGCUGGUCUUCUGUCUGCUCUCCAACGUGGCCAUGGCACAGGGGGUCCAAUUAAUCUCCACGUUUGAGAUAAAAGGCACGGGUAUGCAGUGGAAAACUAUCGGCAGCGUGAGCGGGGAGUUUAACUUCUGCCAGGUGUUGCUGCUGCUGCUGUUGGACGCCGUCUUGUACAGCGUGGUGGCCUGGUACGUGGAGGCCAUCCUCCUGGGCGAAUAUGGUGUCCCUAAGCCGUGGUACUUCUUUGUCAUGCCGUCGCACUGGCGCAGACAGUCUCUGCUCCUCACACGGUCCGUGCUAGACAUUGGGGACCUUAGCAAACCUGCGGAAAGCAAGUUCUUUCAGGAAGAGCCCAUCAGUUUGGUGAAGGGGAUUGAAAUCCAGCAUCUCUACAAGGUGUAUGACACGGGAAGGGACAGCCACAGAGCGAUCAAAGAUCUGACCCUGAAUCUGUACCAGGGGCAGAUCACCGUCCUUCUGGGACACAGCGGAGCCGGCAAAACCACCCUGUGCUGCAUGCUGGCAGGUCUUAUUCCCCCUUCAGGUGGAUGGGCCUAUAUCAAGGGGUAUGAAAUUUCUCGCGAUAUGGCUGAGAUCCGGAGGAGCCUGGGCUGGUGCCCCCAGCACGAUAUCUUGUUCCCAGAUCUCACCGUAGCCGAGCAUCUUUCUUUCUAUGCUCAGCUGAAGGGCUUGUCCCAUCGGAAGUGCCCCGAGGAAGUCCAGCGGAUGCUGCACAUGCUCGGCCUGGAGGACAAGCAGGACACCCUGAGCCGGUUCCUGAGCAGGGGCAUGAGGCGCAAGCUCUCCAUUGGGAUCGCCCUUAUAGCGGGCUCCAAGGUGCUGAUGCUGGACGAGCCCACCUCGGGCAUGGACGCCCUCUCCAGGAGGGCCAUCUGGGACCUCCUGCAGCAGCACAAGAGCGACCGCACCGUGCUGCUGACCACGCACUUCAUGGACGAGGCUGACCUGCUGGGGGACCGCGUGGCCAUCAUGGCCAAGGGGGAGCUGCAGUGCUGUGGGUCCUCGAUGUUUCUCAAGUGGAAGUACGGCGGCGGAUAUUACAUGACUUUGGUGAAGAAACCUCACUGCAACACAGAGGAGAUCUGUUGUCUGAUUUAUCACCAUAUCCCAAAUGCGGUUUUGCAGUCCAGCAAGGGAGAAGAAUUAACCUUCAUUCUUCCUAAAAAGGCCUUCCCUUGCAGGUUUGCAUCUCUCUUCACCCAGCUGGAAGCGAGGCAGGAGGAGCUGGGGGUCGCCAACUUCCAAGUGGUGGUCACCACCAUGGAGGAGGUCUUCAUGCGGGUUAACAAGCUGUCAGACAGCAACACAGAUGUCCAAGCCCUCAAGAUCUCCUCCACGCAGUUCCAACAAAGAGUGUCUGUCAGCAGGAUUAAACGCAUCCAGUCCCGGAUCUUCUCAAUGCAGCCGGGCCUGCCAGUCCAGCUGAACACAGGGGCCCGCCUCAUCUGCCAGCAGUUCUAUGCCAUGUUUCUGAAAAGGUUCACGUACUCUUGGCGCAACUGGAUGUCGAUGGUAACGAUGCAGGUCCUGGCGCCACUGGCGAUCACCGUCUUCAGCCUGGCCUUCCUCAGCUUGGAUACGCGCAUGGAUGAGGUCCCGCUGGAACUGACCCUAAAAACAUACGGUCGAACCAUCGUCCCUUUCUAUAUUUCUCCCAAUUCCAGGCUGGGUCCUCGGCUUUCGGAAUAUUUUACAAACAUGCUUGAGGCUGAGGAGCAGCUCCCUCUGGAGACCCUGGGCUCCGUGGAGGACCUCCUCCUGCAAAAGGAAGAGGAGGAUCCCGAGGUCUUUGAUUACAAAUACGUCGUGGCGGCUUCGUUUGAGGACUCGGGAAACCACACCACAGUGACGGCACUGUUCAACAACCAGGCGUACCACUCGCCCGCCGUGGCACUGGCACUUGUGGACAACGUUCUCUUCAAGCUGCUCUCCGGGGCCAGAGCCUCUAUCACAGCUGUCAACCACCCUCAGCCCCGGACGGCCCUGGAAGCCUCGGAGGAUAUCUUGUACCAGGGCCCGAAGGCACACUUCCUCAUCACCAACUUGCUUUUCGGAAUAGCGUUCUUGUCCAGCUCCUUCUCCAUCUUGACAGUGAAAGAGCGGUCCACGAAGGCCAAAGACAUCCAGUUCACCAGCGGCGUUUACGUGGCCACUUUCUGGCUCUCUGCGCUGCUGUGGGACCUCAUCACCUCCUUCGUCCCCAGUCUGCUGCAGCUGGUGGUGUUUCUGUACUACAAGGAAGAAGCUUUCACGCAUGAGGGCAACAUCCCGGCCGUUCUCUUGGCGCUCGUGCUCUACAGCUGGGCCAGCACCCCCUUCGUCUACCUGGCCAGCUUCUGCUUGCACUACGAAGGCAGCGCCUUCGUCAAGCUCUUCAUCACACUCACCUUCCUGAGCAUCUGCCCCAACAUUCUCGUCUGGGUCACAAGCCAAAAAGAGCUGGGCUACGUGACAUUGUCGGACUCCUUGGACCGCAAGUUCCUAUUGCUGCCAGGCCACUGCCUGGGAAUGGCCCUCUUCAACUUAUACUACAACUACGGAAUCCAGAAGCUAUGCAAAGCCAGGAAACUGGACCAGCAGGAGUGUAAUCAACUUUCAGAGGGAUCCACGGUCCAGGAGAGCAUCUACGCCUGGGAGCCUCUUGGGAUGGGGAAGUACCUGGCAGCCAUGGCCAUCAUGGGCUUUGUGUACCUCGUCCUGCUCUUCCUCAUUGAAACCAACGUCUUGUGGGGGCUGAAAGCCAGGUUUCCUGACUUCAACAGGAAGGGACUACUGCAGGUGACCAUGCCCGUAGACCAAGACGUGGAACAGGAGGCAAAGAUGGUGGAGACGUACUUGGAAAAGCUGCGUGCGGAAAACCCACUGGUUCUUAGAGAAGUGACAAAGGUCUACGUGCAGAAUGUGCCCCUGCUGGCUGUGAACAAGAUCUCCUUCACCGUUGGAGCAGGGGAGUGCUUUGGGCUUCUAGGCAGCAACGGAGCUGGGAAAACGUCCAUCUUCAAAAUGCUGACCGGGGAAGAGCCCAUCACCUCUGGGGCCGCCUUUGUCAGGGGCCUCAGCAUCAGCUCUCACCUGAGGGAGGUACGGUCCCAGAUCGGCUACUGUCCGCAGUUUGACGCCCUGCUCAACCACAUGACUGGCCGGGAAACGCUGGUCCUGUACGCCCAGAUCCGGGGCGUCCCCGAGCGCCACAUCGCCACCUGUGUGGAACAAAUUCUUGACGACUUACUCAUGCACACACACGCGGACAAGCUGGUGAAGACCUACAGCGGCAGCAACAAGCGGAAGCUGAGCACGGCCAUUGCCCUGCUUGGAGAGCCUUCGGUCAUCUUCCUGGAUGAGCCAUCCACCGGCAUGGAUCCCGUGGCCCGGCGUCUGCUCUGGGACACCGUGGCCCGGGCCCGUGAGUCCGGCAAGGCCAUCGUCAUCACCUCCCACAGCAUGGAGGAAUGCGAGGCCUUGUGCACCCGGCUGGCCAUCAUGGUGCAGGGUCAGUUCAAGUGCCUGGGCAGCCCCCAGCACCUCAAGAGCAAGUUCGGCAGCGGCUAUUCCCUGCAGGCCAAGGUGCGGGGCGACGGGCAGCAGGAGGCGCUGGAGGAGUUCAAGGCGUUCGUGACCCUGACCUUCCCAGGCAGCGUCCUGGAAGACGAGCGCCAAGGGAUGGUCCAUUACCACCUGCCCGGGGAUGACCUCAGCUGGGCCAAGGUGUUUGACAUUCUGGAGCAAGCCAAGACAAAAUUCAGGCUGGAUGACUACUGUGUCAACCAAGUGUCUCUGGAGGACAUUUUCUUGAGCUUCACCUGCUCUGCGCACCCAACCAAAGAGGAACACAAACAAGAGCAAGGAGACCUGAGACCUGGCUGUUCUUCCUGCCAGGUUGAUGGACGCAAGCUGCAGCCAGUGGAGCCGGAUCCUGGGGGACAGGGAGGACACAGCGGGGACAGACGGGGCGACGUUCUGCCCGAGGGACGCCGGAGCCACAAUUCGCGGGAAGAAGGCGCCGGCCGAGGCGCUGGAGGGGCAGCGUUCCAGUCCCAGCCCUCCGUGGCCCGGCCGUCCGAGCAGCAGUCUCCCGCCAGACGCGGGCCGGAGGCUGGGCGCGCUGUCUCUCGGGGCCAGGGCCAGGGGCGCGGCGGGCGCGCACAGGCCUCCGCGGACGCUGUUCGCCUGUCCCCACGCCGCCAGAACGGCCCGGGCUCACGCACAGAGACGCCCCCGCCAGCGGGGCGACGCCGCACUCCCCCGGGGAUCCCUCCCGCCCCGCCCGGGGAGGCGGGGCGGCCGCGCGGAAUCCACCAGUCAAUGGCCGGCGUUCGAAUUCGCGUCCUGGCGUGGCCAAUCGCGAGCGCCCGGCGCGGGCGGGAGGGCGGAGCCGGGGCCGGGACCCGGCGGCCCGGCGACGCGCGCCCCCCCCGGCCGGCCAAUGGGAGGGCCGGGCGCAUUUGA